AUGGGGACAGAGUUGCAACUGGGCCAGGAGAUCUUCAGCGUUGUCUUUCGCAGCGUGAAGAAGGAAGGAGAAUGGAAGGUGCUGAUCAUGGACCACCCCAGCACGCGCAUCCUCUCGUCGUGCUGCAAGAUGUCUGACAUCAUGGACGAAGGCAUCACGCUCGUGGAAGAUAUUGAUAAGUGCCGGGAGCCAAUCCCCAGCCUGGAGGCCAUCUACCUGCUCAGUCCUGUGGAGAAGGUAGGAGCUGGGGCCUGGGGCAGGUGGAUGGGGAGCAGGGGAGACCCCGGGGCAGCUCCUCGUGCUGCCUGGAGGUGGCGCUAUGCAGGGGGAUGUGUAUUCCCUGAAUGGGCCACAGACCUUCUACAAGUGGUUCAGCCCUACAGCUCCUUGGAAAAGAACAAUAAGCUAGAGAUGAUGGCAGAGCAGAUUGCCACAUUGUGUGAAACCCUGGAGGAGUAUCCAGCCAUCCGCUACCGGAAGGACCAUGAUGAUAACUUCUACCUGGUGCACGCUGUGCUGGCCAAACUCAAGGCGUUCAAGGUACACGAGCCCAGCAUGGGAGAGGAAGUGUGUGUGCCUCUGCGGGAGGAGCUGUUUCUGACCCACAGGGUUUGUCUUUGCUGCAGGGACCAUGAUGAUAACUUCUACCUGGUGCACGCUGUGCUGGCCAAACUCAAGGCAUUCAAGGUACACGAGCCCAGCAUGGGAGAGGUGACCCGCCCUGGCCCAGGGGAGGCCUCUGCCCUGCAGGGGGUUCCAUGCCUUGGGAGGGGCCGGGAUCCCACCACCGCCUCCCUCCAGGCCAACAUCGAGGACCUGUCCCAGAUGGUGAAGAAGAUGCCCCAGUACCUGAAAGAGCUGAACAGGUACUCCACGCACCUGAACCUGGCCGAGCAGUGCAUGCGGCACUUCAAAGGAUCAGUGGAAAAGCUGUGCGGCGUGGAGCAGAACCUGGCCAUGGGGACAGACGUGGACGGGGAGAAGAUCAAGGACCCCAUGAAAAUCAUGGUCCCCGUCCUGCUGGACCCCAGCGUGCAGGCCUAUGACAAGCUCCGCAUCAUCCUGCUCCACAUCUUGAAGAACGUGCUCACCCCUCCGCCUGGCAUUCCCUCAGCGAGCCCCUGGUAUCCACACUGCCCCUCUCUUCCCCCAGCGCCUGCUUCGGGCAGUGCCCACCCCUCCGCCUGGCAUUCCCUCAGCGAGCCCCUGGUAUCCACACUGCCCCUCUCUUCCCCCAGCGCCUGCUUCGGGCACUGGCACAAGAACAAGCCAGCGGCUGAGUACCCGAUGGGCCCGCGCCUCAUCAUCUACGUGCUGGGUGGGGUGUCCAUGUCUGAGAUGCGCUGCGCCUACGAAAUGACCCAGGCCAGCAAGGGCAAGUGGGAGGUGGUGAUCGGUUCCAGUCACAUCCUGACCCCCAACCACUUCCUUGAUGACGUCCAAACCCUCAACCAGGUGCUCUUGGAGGAGGCCUAG